CACCAGCAGCUUUCCCCUGCACUCUGGGGCUCAACUCUCCUGCUACCUUCAGCUUCUCUUUUUAUUAUUUCUCCCUCCUCUUUUCAUUCUCCCCUCACCCCGCGCCGCUUUGCUCCUCUCUUCCGCGCGCCCCCGCCUCUUUUUCACUUCUCCUCUAGUUUGCAUUCUUCUCCUUCUCUCUUUUUCUCUUUCUUUUUUAUAAAUCAUCUCCCAUCUCCUUUCCAAAGUCCUUUUUCCUACCCCCCCGCCCCCGCCUACACUGAGUGGAAAAAUACCCUGCUUGACAAAGACCUAAACGCCCCCCCCCCGCAGGAAAAAAAAAACCACCCUCCAACUUACAACAAACCAGAGAAUCCACCCCAGAUGCAUCACAAAUGAGAAAAAAGAAGCGAUGGAACUUCAUAUUUUAGAGCACCGGUUGAAAGUGGCUAGUGUGGCCAAGGAGAGCAUCCAGUUGUUUACCUAUGGGCUCAUCAAGCUGGCGUUCCUGUCCUCCAAGACCAGGUGCAGGUUCUUCAGCCUGACGGAAACCCCUGAGGACUACACCAUCAUUGUGGACGAAGAAGGCUUCCUUGAGCUCCCUUCGUCGGAACACCUGAGCGUGGCGAACGCAACGUGGCUGGCCCUCAACGUGGUGUCGGGCGGAGGCAGCUUUUUCAGCUCCCAGCCCAUCGGUGUGACGAAGAUUGCCAAGUCAGUGAUCGCUCCGCUGGCUGAUCAAAACAUCUCCGUAUUCAUGCUCUCCACCUACCAGACGGACUUCAUCCUGGUACGUGAGCGGGACCUGCCUUUCGUGACGCAUGCGCUCGCAGCGGAGUUCACCAUCCUCAGGGUUGUGAAUGGGGAGACGGUAGCUGCAGACAGUCUUGGGAUCACAAACGGGUUUAUGAAGCCGAAACUGGUUCCGAGACCCGUGAUCCACCCCCUUUCCAGUCCAAGUAACAUGUUCUGCGUCACCAGCCUCGAUCCAGACACCCUUCCCUCUGUGACUACAGUCCUUAUGGAUGUCAUGUUUUACUCCAAUGGAGUAAAAGAUUCUGUGGCAGGCAAUGAAGACUCUGGAUACAUUCGUUUUUUCUCGUUUUCUCUCAUUGAGGGCUACAUUUCUUUAGUGAUGGAUGUGCAGACGCAGAAAAGGUUCCCUAAUAACUUGUUGUUUACAAGCGCAUCGGGGGAACUCUGGAAGAUGGUUCGGAUCGGAGGGCAGCCCCUUGGCUUUGAUGAAUGUGGAAUUGUCGCGCAGAUUUCUGAGCCUCUGGCGGCUGCCGACGUCCCUGCCUAUUACAUCAGUACGUUUAAGUUUGAUCAUGCACUGGUACCGGAAGAAAAUAUCAACGGUGUUAUUAAUGCACUCCAAGUCAGUCAAGCUGGAAAACAUUAGAAACCCUUUGGAGCGGGACCUGGGCAUAUUUUACCGCUUUUUGUUUUGUUUUCAGUAUUUUCUCGAGGGAUUAAAGAAGUUUUGUUUCAUUUUUUUACUCCAAAGAGAGCAUGGGAUAAACAUCAUUGUGCCAUGAAGGAAAGAGAAAACCCAGAGACUGCUGAUAGGCAAACUUUAAAAAAAAAAAUUUUUUUUAAAUUCUUUGGUGGGGUGGGAAGGCCAGCUCGUUGGGCUGACCAAAAGAUACUGUGAAGGUGUUCUGAAGUCCAGCUGCAGAGCAAAAUGUAGCCAUGAUGCUUUUGCAGGCAGGGUGUGUGAGAUGCUCAACGGGGACGCUCCAAAAGGCAAGAGCCGAGAUGACCGUAAGCUAGCUGCAGGGAGCCGAGUCUGCUUUGUGAGUGGAAAGAGCCAUUUCUGGGAAAGGGGGUUGUGCACAUAUGGGGAGAGGAAAAACCAUGGGAUUAGGAGAGGAAGAGGAGUGACACAGUCCAGCCUGCAGGGCUUCCUCCGCCGGAGGCUGUGCAGUUCUGUGUUUGCAGGGAAAGGGCGGUACGGAGUUAAGAGCUCCCCCAGCCCGGCAAGAUCCCCGAAAGGCCUGUUUUUGCUUCCGCGCAAGGUCUAUUUCUGCAAUCAGCUGCCCCUAGAAAACUGACCAGGAGGGCAUGCAGGUAAAGAUUUUUUCUCAGCGGUUGCCCUCCAGCAACUUAUUCCAGGGUAGACUGCCCCUCCACAUGGAGGCUUUAUUCAGUCAUCAUGUCCAACCACUUUUGAAGUUCCUCUCUGCUGCCCCCUCAGUUUCUUUUUAAAGCCAUUUUAGCUCGCCAGAUGUCACAUGGAGGAUUACAUGGAGUCAUUACAGUGUGCCCCAAUACUGGGAACUGAGGCAACAUGACCGUCCUGCAUUGAUAAAUCAUAGCUGGCUCUCGUUUGCAGCAGCUCAGGACAGGGGUGAUGGUAGACCCCGCAUCAACAGGACUACAUUACCUCGGGAUCCCAACCUGUGGUCCUCAGAGGCUGCUGCGUUACAACUCCCAUCACCCCCAGCCACAUUUUACUGGGGAUGAUGGGAGUUGUAGUUUAGCAACAUUACCUGUUUGGAGUCACAGGCGAGCAUCACCUGGUGGUGACCUUUCCCUAGGAAACCCAGCCGGCCCAAUCCACCGGACAAGUUUUCUAAGCUCUCCUUUGAAAUGGAUGGUGGCCGUGUCAGCAGCACUAGGGCGGUGUGCAAGAGACCUUCCCCGUGGAUCGUGCUGCCCCCCGCCCCCAUGUAUAAACUCAUCCUUAUGAACCUGGUGCUCUUUCAACCAAUUCUGAUGCAACAUCCAGACUUUUGAACUGUUUAUUUUUGUUAUUGUGCCUCCAGCAACCAUUCAGGAUCAUAAUGGGGGUGGGUCGAGACCAGGCUAGUGGGAAUGGGGGGGACACACCUGUGUUCUGAAUAUUUGUACAUGAGACCUCUAUAUUACUGCAACUGUGUGCCUCUAAGAGAGUCCUCUGCAGUCUCCCAAUUAUAUCUCUGCUGCAAAGUUUUCCAGUC